AUGACCCUAGCAACUGUUCUCGUGUCAGUUCACGAACCCCCCACGCGACCCGGAUGGACAUAUCAGAAAGUUCUCCUAGUCUCGAUCGACGACGAUGAGGAGGUUUCGGGCAUAUCCUCUAUAUCCUUAGUUCCAACACGACUGGGGGUCAGGAAAGGUGAUGCCGUUUACAAUUCUGGCGUUGGUGAUAUGCUUCCUAUCUCGCUUCCUUCUGAAGAAGUCGUCGACGGUCGCAUUCUCACAGAAAACGCCUUGGCCUCCAGCUCCUCGACUCGCAAGAAGGAUGCGGGGACGAGGACAGGCAUUGAAGUUGACGACAGUGGCAUUCCUAUCAUCUGGAUGCAAUCGUCCAUCGUAGUGGACGACGUGUAUCUCAUCGUUGGUAUCGCCGACAUGGGCGCCAAGUCUCGCAUGGAGAAUAUAAUAUAA